AAGCCAUGCAAGCUAUACAGUCUCUGAACACUGAGAGACGUGUCAUCCUGUCAGGUACUCCACUACAGAAUGACCUGGGUGAGUUCUUUACGGCUAUCGAUUUUGUCAACCCUGGUCUUCUCGGCCAACGCUCCGCGUUCAAGAGGACCUUCGAGACCCCAAUUGUUCGCAGUCGACAACCAGAUGCAAGCGAGUCGGAGCUUGAGAAGGGCGAAGCUCGGUGGAAAGAACUCGUGUCUUUGACCAGCCGCUUCAUGAUCCGCAGGACCGCAGAAGUUUUGACGAAGUAUCUGCCUCCGAAGACUGAGCACAUCGUGUUUGUUAGACCUACUGCCGCUCAAGCAGCUGCAUAUCGAGCCAUUCUGACCUCGCCCAUCUUUGCGGUCGCUUUGGGCAACACCGACAUGGCUCUGCAGCUCAUCAACGUAUUGAAGAAGAUUUGCAACAGCCCAGCCUUGCUGAAGUCUAAGAAGGAUGCUGAUGACACACCUUCGGAGAUGCUGCAGUCUCUACUGCCUCUGAUCCCACCGAACGUCCUGAAUUCCAACGCUUCAAGCGCGAAGCUGCGUGUCUUGGAUAGCCUAGUCCAUCGCAUCUACACUACGACAGAGGAAAAGAUUGUCAUCGUCUCAAACUACACGCAAACCCUCGACAUGAUCGAGCGCCUCCUCGUCUCUCUCUCAUACACGUAUUGCCGCCUCGAUGGCAGUACGCCCGCGAAAAACCGCCAAGGUCUCGUCGAGAAGUUCAACAGGUCGUCCCAGAAGAACCACUUCGCGUUCCUCCUAUCCGCUAAGUCCGGCGGCGUGGGACUCAAUCUCGUCGGUGCCUCGCGCAUCGUGUUGUUCGACAUUGACUGGAACCCUGCGACAGAUCUGCAGGCCAUGGCACGUAUCCACCGAGACGGGCAGAAGCUGCCGUGCAAAAUAUAUAGGUUCAUGAUCCAGGGCGGGCUUGACGAGAAGAUUUACCAGCGACAGAUCAUGAAGAUGGGUCUCGCAAACGCGGUGGUGGACAACAAAGCGAGUGCAUCGUCGUUCUCGAGGGAGGAGCUGAAGGAUCUGUUUCGCCUGGAUGAGAGGGAGACGUGCCAGACGCAUGACCUCUUGGGAUGCGACUGCGACUGUAGAGGCUCGUUGGAGACUCAGAUUGAGCCCCCGGUUAAGGUCGAAGAGGAAGAGGAAGAUAGCGAUGACGAACCGCUGAGGGGUUUCGGGUCAGCUAGCCAGGUGGAUAUUGAUGGCCAGGAAGAGCGGAUCAAGAGACGGCGCAAGGCGAAGCAGCCGAAGUUGACGCUGUUAAUGGAGUACCGCCACAUCGACCCGAAGCACCUACGCGAAGAGAAGACGGAGGAAGUGGAUCUAGUGGAGAAGGAAAGUACAAGGGGCAACUCCGUAGAUGCCGAUGCGAUCGCCUUGGCCGUGGAUGACGACGUGUUCCUGGAUAUGCUGAAGGAGAAAGAUUCGAGGGUCGGUUUCGUGCUAACGAAGUCGUCGUCUUGAAGCAGGGGAACGUUACACCUGCAGGAUAACGCCCGGGACGACCGUUCUGCCUUCCGCAAUGAGAUACG